ACACCUCAAAAAAAAAAAAACCCUCAGCCGCUCCUCUUUCCCCGCGCACCACAGUUCCGAUCUCAAACCCUAACUUUUCCAUGGCGAGCGGCUAUUCUUGUUCCAUGGCGGUUGUGGCGACAGAGGAGGAGGCGGAUCAGCCUCUCUGGAAGAAGCAGAAGCUGGCGGAGGAGGAUGAGGAGAAGGGGGUGAAUCCUCUGGACCCGAGAUUGAGUGACUACGACCCCAAGCAGAAGAAGUACAUCUACACCCGUUUCUUCUACCGCAGCAAUCUCGACCUCGACCAGGAAUCACCUGUCGGUCCGAUGCGUUAUACUGACAGAAUAUUUAGAGAGGAUUUCCAGUUGGCUAACUCGGCGAAUGUUGUCUCAGUGAAGAUUGUGUCCUCUGACUAUGGCUACCCUCUCAAUAUUUAUGGUACGAUCAUAGCCAGGGACAGUCUUGAUGACAAAUGCAUCUAUUUGUUCCAGCAUGGCAAGGACAAUUGCCAGAUCAUCAGCUCAAAGGAUGAUUCAUUGAUUUUGACUGGUCCAAAGAGAGGAUUCAUGGUGUGCGAUGCGAUAUUCUUUGAAAUUGAUCUGAAAAUCAAGGAUGUGCACGGAAGGAAGGUCAAGGAUGAAAGGCUCAGUAAAGGCUUGAUCGAGGUGGAUGGUAUCCUUAGACUAUCAUAUUCAACCACAUAUGAGGUUGAAACGGAAACACUUGUCAGCAUGCGCAGCAUAUUGGAUCUAACCUACAUAUUUGUUAGAAACGCGGUGGAAGGCACUGUUGAGGUCAGGAUCCUUGAGGGGCCUGGUGAUUUCCAUGGGAAAUUUUUUGCAUGCGGGACAAGCGUUCCAUGCAGCAUCAUGCUACAUGAUAGCAAAGUGGAUGGCAUACUUAUUGCUGGUGAUAAUGGAGUCGUGCAGAUAGCACGGCCCGUUGUUGGUGCAUCUGUGGAUGAGCUGCUGCUGUUGACUAUAGCUGCUGCUGUCGGUGGUGGUGAUGAGUUCUCCAAACGUGUUGUCGAGUUUACUCCAAGGCGGAACAGUUAUGAUGAAACGGUGAUCACGUGCGGUAACUACAAGAUACUAUUGAAGAUCACUUGGUCAAUUAUGUAUUUCUGAUGUAAUUCCUGGUUUUUUAGUCGGGCCGUGUUAAGUUCUAGAUCUUUGGAUGUAACCAGUUGAGCAGAACCGGUUGAACUUGUUAUGGUGUCAAGAGAUGCCUAACCAAUAUAUAUUUAUAUCAGGUAUUGUAUGCCUGGUCAGGUUUUAGAUCCUUCUAAUGUAACUAAGUUUACUGUUGAGUUGCUGUGUCAUCAAGAAAGACGUCUAAUAUCAGUAUUGUAUAUCUGUUCAA